ACGGAGCAUGAUGAGCAGCAGCGAGUCAGCGACCUGCACAACACAGCCGGGGCAGACUGCAGGAUAGCUGCUGAGCAGGGCUUUAAUGGAGUGAAACUAACAUCUCGCUUAUGCACUAUGGAAUAAUAGCCGUGUUAUUACUUGCUGACACUUCAAAAAUAACCCGGAAAGACAAUUCCUAUAAUAUAACUGUGGUUUGUUAUGAAGAGGAGCCAAAGGACACCUCUACUGGACUAAGCUACUGGGCUAUCGAGUAGCAUUGGAUCUUAUCGCACAAAAACAGGACACUGGAUUUGUCGUAUAUUUGUACUAUCUCGAAUUAAUUUUUUGCUGUGUCCUGGACUCCAGCAACGCAUACCCACACCCGUUUGCGUAGGUUAAGGCUUUGGCACCUAAACAAACAAACAUAGCUUGUUAGCAUCAGCAUUCCACACUGCAACGACUUGAUAGCGUAGCAGCCGGCACGAAAGUGUUUUGGUCCAGCCUCGGCGCCCACGCGACACCGCGGAUUGACGUCGGCCCAAUCUGCAGUAAACUGGCAGCACACAGCAGGCCGCUGCAUAUAUGCUGGUUAUUAAUUGCUAGCGCCGCAAUUGUUGUCGUGGCUAAAUUGCCAAUCAAAUAUGCAGAUUGAGUAGUAGUUUGCGUUGUUUUAUUAUACAACAGCUCUGUUGUAUAGUUGAGGGAUGUAACGCACACCGUUGUCUUUUGCUGGGUUCACUGUUGUUUACAGUAUGUUAGUUUAUACAUUGAGCUGGUACAAGACGCUUUAAUUGCAGGCUUGUCAAGUAUGAUAAGUGUGAAUGUUGCACCUUCGCUCUUGGUAGCUGCAUUUAGGUUUUUAUAGUCACAGUUGCAGCAAUGCAGACGCCUCCUACACAAGAUCAAAUGAUAAUGAAGAAUGAGAGAUGAGAAUCACAGGCAAUGCAAACAUUUGGAUGAGCACAUAAGGGGUAUUGAGUGUAUGCGGACUCGGGUAUUGUUUAGAUGUACAUGAAAUCCGUUUGUUGUUUAAGUAAUAUGUCUGAAUGUAUUGUAAAAUAAGCUCGGUACAGUUCAUGUUUCUGACAAGCUGUCAUAUUGCAGGCAGUUGUAGGAGUGAUGCUCUAUUUGUAUGCGUUUGCUGUGAUCAGUGUUAAUGCAUUGAGCGUUUUUUUUUAAGGGAAUCAGCCACCAUUGAUAUACUUCAGAUGAGGCGCGGGGGGGCGGGGUUGUUGACCUCGUAGAAACAAGGGAAGCAUCCGCCUGCCAUGCAUAAUUAAUGAGCCCAAACGCAAGCAGUCUCGUUUUAAUCCUUUUGACCACACACACACACACGAAUAACGCGCCACACAAAAGCGAGACUCUGUACAUCCAAACACGACACGUCUGUAGAUGUAAACCUUAUGGACUCAUGAAUGGGGUACCGUAUUGUGGGAACCGAGUACCAAGAAAAGCCUGGAUCAGAACAUGAGAGGAUUGAGGCGGUGAUGAUGGAGACUACAGUGGGCAGCUAACGGAACCACUGGGAACGCCACAUUAAAGACGGCCGCAGGGAGUGGGCUGGCCCCUGCCAAGAUGAGCCUCCGGCAACCGUCUUCCACAUUGGACAGCGGGAGGGCCAAUAAGAGAAACUCCCACCUGCUCAGCCCUUUCGCGGCUUGGCUCAGCAGUUUGACCAUCGGGGACUCGGACAGGAAGUCCUCCCCCGGCCAGCCGCCCAGGGACCCGGGGGGGGAGUCUCCCACCACAGAGAGCACAGGCUCCGGUCUGGUCCAGAGGUGUGUGGUGGUCCCAAAGGACCAGCUGGGAUUUGGCUUCACCGUCUGUGGCGAGAGGGUCAAGCUGGUGCAGAAUGUCCGACCAGGGGGCGCUGCGGUAAAGGCCGGCGUCCAAGAGGGAGACCGCAUCAUAAAGGUGAACGGAUCUCUGGUGUCCUCCAUGUCCCACCAAGAAGUGGUGAAGCUCAUUAAAUCCGGAGCCUACGUGGCGCUGACGCUUCAGGGCCCGCCCCCUUCCAGCGUCACCCUGCCCCUAGAGCCCCUGUCCGCAGACCUCUUACCCAAUCAGAGGACCUCGCUGGGCGGAGAAGCCCCGCCUCCCCCACCGCCUCCCUUGCCCGCUGGUAUGAGCAGCAGCCCCUCCCAGCGAAUCACAGGGCCCAAACCACCUCAGCAUGCUGAGGUGCAGAAACACGCCAGUCAGAUCCUCCAGAAGAUGCUGCAGCAGGAAGAGGCUGACCUCCAGGCCCUGAUGGAGAAGCUGUCCCGGAACCCCUCGCCGUCGUUGGAGGAGCGGAUCGAGAGUGCGAAGAGGCGGGCUCACCAAGUCAGGAUCAAGAUUCAGCAGGACCUGGACGGAAGCCGAGGUGACCCCAUCACCAACUACCUAGUCGCCGGGGAAGGGAGACUCUCAGUUGACUCCAGUGAAGGAGAUAUAGAGGCCUUUGAGAGCCCCCACUCCUCCCCCUCCUCCUUCAGGACGCCCCUGUUCCGACGGCAGGUCUCUGACGUGCGCACUCCUGGCGACGCGGGAGGAAAGGCCCAGAUUAUUGGCCCCGAGGAAGAGGAGGAGGAAGAUGGCGGCUAUGCGUUCAACGAGAUGGACGGGCCCUUCCAGGACAUUGAGCUGCUGAAGGCCCGGCCCGCCCACAUGACCGUCUUCAUGCGCUACGUCUUCACCCAGCUGCUGGACCCCAACCCCCUGCUGUUCUACCUGUCCGUGGAGGCCUACCUGGGCUCCAGCCCCAAGGACGCUCGCUCCCUGGCUCCCCAGGUGCGCUCCCACUUCCUGGACCCCGACGCGCCUCUGAAGAUCAAAGUGCGAGAGGAGUACCUCACAGAAAUAGAGACCCGUCUGCAUGCCCAGGAGGACGUCAGGGGACCCCUGUCUGAGCUCCAGCAGCUGGUGCUGCCCGACAUCCAGGACCAGAUCCAGGACUACAGGAACAAGCAGAUGAUGGGUCUGGGCUCCCUGUUCGGGGAGGGGGACCUGCAGCACCUGGACGGAGACCCGGCCAAGGAGAGGCAGGUGGUGGACAAGCAGGUCACUGCCCUCUGGGACAUCCUGAAUGAAACGUCUCUAACAGCGUCUUCAGUCCACAGACUCAUGUUUGUGUUGGUUUGUUCACCCCCCCCCAGGUCUCUGGAGAACCCCACGCCUCCGUACACCCCGCGCUCUCGACGAAGGAGCGUGGAGUCCCCCCUGGCCCUGAUCCCGGACAGCGGGGCCCUGGAGGAGGAGGAGGAGGUGUGUGACGGACACCCCUGGCAGGAGACGGUUCCCCCCCACCUCCUCGGCUCCCUCAGCCCCCGGGAGGCGGAGCGCCAGGCGGUCAUCUACGAGCUGUUCACCACGGAGGUGUCCCACCUGCGGACGCUGCGGGUGCUGGACCAGGUGUUCUUCCAGAAGAUGAGGUCCGUGCUGAGCUCCGAGGAGCUGGCCUGCAUCUUCCCCAACCUGCCCCAGGUCUAUCGGCUCCACGCCAGCCUGUGUGAAGCCAUGAAGAAACGCAGAGAGAGGACCAUCGUGGAGGAGAUAGGGGACAUCAUGCUGAGCAGGUUCGAGGGUCCCGCAGGUGAGGGCUUCGCGGACCAGGCCUCCCAGCUGUGCAGCCAGCAGUCGGAGGCCCUGGAGCUGCUGAAGAGCAAGCAGCGCAAGGACCCCCGCUUCGCCCACGUCAUGCAGGAGUGUGAGGCUAGCCCUCACUGUCGGAGGCUACAGCUGAAGGACCUGCUGGUGUCCGAGAUGCAGAGGCUGACCAAGUACCCCCUGUUGCUGGGCAACAUCAUCAAACACACCGAGGCGGGUUCCCCCGACCUCCAGCCCCUCCAACGGGCGCAGUCCUGUUGCCGGGGGAUACUGCAGGCUGUCAACGAGGUCGUCAGGGAAACGGAAAACCGGCAACACCUCAGCCAAUACCAGCGCAGGCUGGACUCCGCCCCCCAGUUCAAGAGUCUGGACCUCACAGCGAAGACCAUGAUUCACGAGGGUCCCCUCACCUGGAAGGUCAACAAAGACAAGACGCUAGAGAUCCAGGCUCUGCUGUUGUCGGACGCCCUGGUCCUGCUGCAGCGGGGCCCAGACGACCGGCUGGUCCUGCGCGGGCCGUCCCGCUGGCUGGGGGUCACGGGAGGGGGAGGCGACUCCAAGACGGCCUUCAGCCCCGUGGUGCGGCUGGACUCCCUGCUGGUCCGCUCCGUCGCCACAGACAACAAGGCGCUGUACAUCAUCAGCCCCACAGAGGGACAGAUAUACGAGCUGGUGGCCGGGACGGCCUCCGACAAGAACACGUGGAAAGACAUCCUUGAAAAGACCAUCUCAUUGGCCGGUGGCUCGUCUCCCUCAACCAAUCACACCUCCGCUCCCAUAUCUCUCCCCAGUCUAGUAAACUCCUCCCCAAUCUCGACGAACAACCACAUCUACCAAUCAGACGACUCGGUGACGGAGAGCUUGGUCUCCAUGGAGAUGGAGACAGGGUCGUCCAAUGACGACAACGGGCUCAUCUCCAGCGAGCCCGCGGGCCUAUCGGAAGAGCUGUUCCGUGGGGACGGGCCGGAGAUGGGCGUGGCAGAGGCGGCUCUGCAGGACGUCAAGUCGCUACGGCAACUAAUAUUCCACGAUUUGGAGGAGGACGGGUGGAGCCGCGAUUCAGACGACACGCCCACCAACGAGCUGGCCAAUGAGAGGCAUUCGUCCGCUUACGGCCCAAGGGCGCUCUCUCUGGAGACGGUCCUGUGCACCAACCAAUCGGACGGGGAGGACGAGGCCACGCCCCCGUCGACCGAGCAACUCGGGCUUCAGGUCGUCAGGAAAGCUGUGGUGGCGGGCUCUUCCUCUGUCCCCGACGACAUCGCCCGCGAUGCCGCCCCCCUCCCCUCCGAGCCGUCGUCCGAGCCGAGAGGCGGGGAAGCCGCGGCGCCCGGCAACCUCUUCUACCUGGUGAUGCCCAGCGAGGCCGGGGAGAGCACCACCGACGACGAACCCCCCACCCCCACCGCCGACCACUUCCCCGAGUGCCCCCCCUUCCGCCAGGAAGUGAUGUCAUCGUCGCAGGACGGCGCGUGCCCGCGGCUGGAAGACGCCAACGUGGAGGUGGCGGCGGGCGGUGGCGCGGCGGGCGGUGGCGCGGCGGCGGCGGCGGACGUCGACCAAUCGGACGCUUUGAGGCUAGAGGAGGAGGAAGAGGACGAGGAAUUGGGCCAAUCGCAGACGGGCAGCCAGAGUCAUGUGAUCAAGAACGUGGAGGGGAUCUUCCUCACCAUCGAGGGCCUGAUGACAAAGUUGCAACGUCUGAAGGACAUGGAGAACGCCCACCACCAGCUCCUCAAGUCUCUCCGGGAGGCGGCCAUCGGCCUGCCACCAGAGGAGCACCCCGGUCACCCGGCAACCGUCGCUAGGACGCCAUCGUUGGAGCGCGCCUCAGGAGACGGCACCGAGGGAACGCUGACCGAACUCAAGAUCCAGUCCACCGGGUUCUGACCUCCACUCUGUGUACAUCCUCACACACACACACACACACACACACACACACACACACACACACACACACACACCUCUACUCUCCACUCCUUGCCCCCCCCGAACCAGCCCCCACCUGCUUGACUCCCAGCAUGCACUGGGCCGUUGGAGGAGAAACACUAAAAGGACGGUGUGCAUGAAACCGUUUGCCGUUGUCCUAUGGGAACCCCCCCGGGAAGGAAGCUUGACCACUACGACUACAGGAACUCCCCCCCCCCCCCCCCCCGUCUUCUCCGGAGGAAGUAUGGGGAUGCUUGACAGGAAGUAGGAGGCGCUUGAUGGCGAAACAGGAAGUAGGACUGGAUCCCCAGUGGCGGGAGGACAGAGAGAGAGAGAGAGAGACACGUGGGGAGAAGCUGGGAUGUGGAGAUGAAACGACAUGCGAACCCUUUGCCUACGGCGUUCUUCGUAGGCUCGCACCUUUUUGAACAAUUUACAAAAGAUUAGGAGAAAAUCCGAACGGCUGACAGAAAGACUUGAGUGUCGGAAGUGUUGCUUUUUUU